CGCAAAUUUGAAGGCGGGAGCUUCCUACUUAAUCAGUGUAUAAGGGUUGCAGCUCGGAAGCAGUGUGAUUGAAGAGGCGCUUACUACCUGGGCUCCAAAAGCAGGUGUUUCAAUCAAGCCAGUUUAAUCGGCCAUAGUUCCAUCACCUAGCCCGCGCUUCAUAACGCGCGCAAAGCAUUGAGAUUGGGCUCUUUCUUUCAUACCGCUCUUUCUCUCAUAUUCAACUCACGAUGAUUGGCUUCUCAUGGAUAUGCUCUCGAUGUCUUGCAAGAUCGGCUCGGACCACAUUGAGCCAUAGGGCCAUCUCACAACAGCGGAACUUGAACACGAGUUCUCAUCUCUCACCGGCGUUACUAACCCGGGCCCGCUCCUUGGCGGCUGAACAUACCAGGCUUUCCGCCCAAUUGACGGACUCAUUUGACGCGAAGAUUGCGAAGCGAGUGGGCGAACUUGCAUCGAUCUCGCAAGCGUUGCAGGAAUGGGAUCGCGCGCACGAGUCCCUAUCGGAACUCGGAUCCUUGAUUGAAGAUCCAGAGACCGACGACGAGCUAAGAUCUCUUGCUCUUGAAGACUUAAAAAGUAGCGACCGUACUUUGCCAGCCAUAUCAAAGACCCUGAAAAACUCCCUUGUUCCCCGCCACCCCUUUGCAGAUCUUCCCUGCCUACUCGAAAUUCGCCCCGGCGCAGGUGGAGACGAAGCUGGUCUUUUUGCUUUCGAGCUUUUGAGGAUGUACACUGCAUUUUGUACUCGACGUGGCCUACGGUCCAAUGUGAUCAAGCUCGAUGUGCAAGACGGGCCCUCGGAUGAUCGCCUGAGCGAAGCAGUCGUAGAGAUCGACGCAGACGGAGCGUAUGAUCUUUUGAGGACUGAGUCUGGGGUCCAUAGGGUGCAGAGAGUGCCGGCCACGGAGACUAAGGGACGUACCCAUACAAGUGCGGUCAGCGUGAUGGUUCUUCCCAGCUUUCCAGAGGCAGGGGCCAGUAUGGACAGUGCUUUAAAUUUCGACGACCCAAACAGUGACUACUACGUUGAUCCCCAGGAAGUUCGCACCGAGAAGAUGCGCGCGAGCGGAGCCGGAGGUCAGCAUGUAAACAAAACCGAGUCAGCCAUCCGAUUGACUCAUAUACCCACUGGAAUUGUCGUUUCAAUGCAGGAUUCCCGGUCUCAGCAUGCGAACCGGAAAAAGGCAUGGCAAGUGCUACGAGCAAAAUUGGCCGAGGCUAGACAAGAAGCUCGUGAGCAGGAACUUGUUGAGUUAAGGAGAGGUGUUCUUGGAGGCGUCGCUCGGAUGGGUCGUGGUGACAAGAUCCGCACAUACAAUUAUGGACAGAGUCGUUGCACUGACCAUCGUAGCGGCAUUACAGUGCACAAUCUGGACAGUGUUCUUGAUGGCGGCGAAAGUCUAGAGACUAUAAUGGAUAGUGUCAGAACUUGGCUGGCUGACCGGGAGAUAGCAGCCAUAUCUGCAGAAGAUUCGAUAAAUGCCGUCGGGGAGUAAAGUUGUCCUUCACAUUAGUGCCGAUAUUGAUAUUAGCCUGCACGAUCAUCCUCAACUAACUGUUAGGUAUUGGCCAUCGGUGCGGUGAAACAAAGUUCACUUCAGUCUGCCAACCUUGAACCCGUUGACUCCGCUUCGACAUAUAUACAACUAAAGCAUCUACUACUUCAUAUAGUGUUCCGGCGUCAUAUGUAUUUUCUCUCAGGAUCGAUAGAGUCGAGAGCCUCCAUUGUCUUCUCAUACCUGGUUGUGAUGAAUUAGCACCCGAAAGUGUGGACGAGAAUGACUUAAUCCAACG